AUGCAAGUCCGGGCAAUGACUUGGACGGAAACGAACGCAAGCGUGUCCGCGUCGCUUGCGGACCUUGUCGUCGGCGAAAACUGCGGUGCGAUGCGGCACAGCCGUGCGGUACCUGUCAAGCUUCCAAAACUCAUUGCGAGUAUCUUCCGCCGUCAGGAGCUUCGGCAGCUGCUCUCACUUCACCCUCUCGCAACGGCCCAGAAUUCUUCUAGCAACGCUUCCAUCAACAUUGCUGCCAUUAUUGACCCUUUGCAGGCCAUAGAUGAGAAUGUAUCUGUUCUCUUCCCAGAGGCACUCCCUGAACAUCAUGAGGUUGCAAGCGAUCAGUCCAUCCUGGCUCCCGAUCUCCGCUCUGAUGACUUCUGUCCUCUCCAAGACAAUGAUCCUCGCGGAGUGGACGAUGUUUGGCAUAACAGCGAGUUCUGGUUUGACCAAUCCGAACUUGACUGGAGUGGCCAACUUUUUGAGGAGCAUAUGCCAAUCCUCGACUAUGAGAUGCCCUCCCAGCUGACCAAUUUGACCGCCAUUAUGCAAGAAUACUUUGAACGGAAAUCGCGACCGUCUUCUCCAUCUCCUGUUAAAGUUAAGAAAGUAUGCUACUCGGCUCCUGCACAUAUCGACAACCACAAUACGGACAUCAUCCGAGUGUUUCACAACGUCUUUCGAAGACAUAUUCCAAAAACAUUUUCUCUCUUCGAAGACACGACUGGCAUUAGUCCCAAAAAGCAACCAGCUUUCCUACUUGCUCUGGCUGCUACUGGUGGAUUGUUUUGCACGACCCCUGGCAGUGCACAAGUUGCAAGGUCAAUGUACGAUGAUGCUCGGCGGAUGGUCCUUUCAACUGUUAGCAUUCGAAAUCGUCCAGACGAGCUUUCUUUAUGCCGAGAAGAUAAACUCACCGUGGUGAAGACUUUCGUUUUAUUGGCCUUGUACGAUCUCUGCAGUGGUGACAAAAGGAGUUACGAGUUCCUUGAGGUGUUUCACGGCAACCUCAUUCACUCUGUUCAAGAGUAUAGCAAAGCAUGCCAAUCAUCUACUCAUACGGAUGACGUAGACAAGAAUAACGCCAGUCUCCUGGAAGCUCUGCAUAUCCUCGAUUGCUAUCGAGUUGUCAUCAUGCAAAGACCGCCCUCUCUCGCACGGAAAUACAGCGAAACGUUCAUACGCACGCCCACAAAUCGAAGUCGCAUCUCUAAGCUUCAUAAUAUCAUAGCCGGCCUCGUGAGUGGUGGACACACGGUUGACUUGGGCCGAAACACCACCUUUGGUCUAACAAGCCUGGCCUUUCUGAGCUCCUUUGUAUGGCCUGCCACAUACCCGCAGCAGAAUGCUUACGACACGGACAAUACUGUUCCCAAUGACCUUUUCAUAUGGAGAGCCGAUUUUGCCGAGCUGGCCUGUGAUACUUGGCUUCGGACGGUCUAUAACCAAGGAAAUCUGUCUCAUUUAGUCCUAUACCACUUGAUGGGCAUUAUACUGAAUUCGAAUUUCACUGUACUGCAGAACUUUGCUCAUUCCUCACCUAGAUCGGCAACACGAGAUGCUACGAAAGGGUUGGCUGGAAAAGAGAUUAAUGCGUGGACGAAGGACAGGCAUUACGCGACCGCUCAGUGGCAUGCGGAGAAUAUGAUUGCCAGCAUCGAAGCUACUCUGACCGAUACAGCGAGACAAUCCCAGCAUUCCUCAACUCGGCCCACGUCGCUACCUACGGAACUGCCGAGCUUAGCGUUCGAAGCACCGCAUGUCCCUUACGCGGUCUACUACGCCAGUCUUGUUCUUUGGGCUGGUGCAUUCACGGCAUUGAACACAGCGACAUCUGCUAUUUCAGGCCGAGCCCAAUUGGCAAGAGGCGAGCGGAUCUUGCUUACACAUAAAAUGCACAUCGCCCAGCUCCUCGCCAGGCUGCUGAGUGGCAUUCCCUGA